UGACAGUAAACCGCAUAUCAACUUGAAGGAGCAGGGCAGACCACUCACACAUACAACGGGCACAUGCACUGACAUGCUAGUAAACCAACCACACUUUUAUCGGAUUUCGCUAUUUUAAGGAUAACUCUGUGACACUGACGUCUGUAUUACAAAGCCAUUGCAACUCGAAUGCCCAAACCCUGGUUUCUAUUGGAAAGUUGGCUUUGCAUAACACGGAGAAAAUACUGGAAUAAAAAUUGACAUAAACACUUAAUAUAUAUAUUUUUUAUUUGUAUUUUUUGUAAAGGAGGUCUUGUACAUGAAUGAUGAUGUUUUGCUUUAAGCAUUUACUCGCCAGCUGAAAGCGUAUUGAACGCAUCCCGAUUCAACUACCAGGUCGUCUUCCUUAUGAUCGUAAUGGAUAAAAAUGCCUUCUUUGUGUUCAAACUUUUUGUUGUUGCAAUAUGGGCAAACAGCUUGAUGACAAGUGGACUUUCAGCCACAGAAGACAAACAUCAACAGAUCCAUAAACCAAAUGUAACUAUAUGUAAUGAAAUUGCCCUGAUGUUGGAGAUGUCGAUAUGUGAAGAUGACUUCAAGAGGGAUAUGGACCUUGUAGAUCCAAAGAACUGGUGUAACUUGACAUAUUAUAUCAAGGAAUACAACGCAUUCUCCACCUGUACUGAGCAAAACGCUGAGGGAAUAGGUUGCUUCUGGCCAAAUCCGCUCGUCGAGAGCUUCAUUAUCAGCAUCCACAAACACUUUUUCUCAAACUGUACUUCGGACCAAGUGAUUUGGGAAGAUCCCCCGGACAACAUGCUCACCAUCCUCAUUUUAAUUCCUGUGCUCCUGACGGUUGCCAUAAUAGCCCUGGUGGUGUGGUGCGGUAAACGCAAUGACGUCAUGUUGUAAUCCAGACCGCACAGAGAUUAGGGUUUUAUUUGCAUGUUUUCAUCCUGCCAAGCAAAAAGUGAAAGAAUGCACUUCUCUGAAAAUCAUUUCUUUUUAUUUAAUUGGUUGCUCCUCCAGAGCUAUCUGAAUCUAUUUGCAUUUUAUGGGAUCCACAAUAAGGCCAGAAGUCUACAAAGUUAUCUGUAGAUUAACUUUGGAUAGGAAGAGCAUACAUAUGUGAUUUGUGUUGGAAGCAUACUAACACAAGGGCAUGGUAACCAUUUUAGAGAUAAUGGAGCAGCAUGAGCACAUUGAAAAAAAAAUAAACAAUUAAGAUGCUCUUCAUAAUAAGGGGCCAACAUUCAUAGAAAAUAUAUAUACAUUGAAGACAGUGCCGAAAUUAAAUUAUUACUGCCUGGCAUUUGCAAUGCUGAGCUCUGUGGACUACUUGCCAUUCUGUUCUGCCAGAGUAUACUGGAAAUUGAACCCAUAAUGAUCAGCUUUUAAUCAUUAAAAUUAUUCUUAGAUUUGCACAAUAAAUGGCAUUCUACAAUAAAAGUACCUUGCAUGAUUUGUUUAAUUUCUGUGUUUUUAAUUGAAGAACUGUGAUCCAUUAUGAUGUUAAUUAUUAGUAUGGUGUAUCAUGGGCACUAGCAAUGGAAAUGGAUUUGUGUUGUAAUGCUUUGCUGCAGAUUCAGCCAGAAUAUUAGUGAGUCUUAGCAGGAAGUCAACAAGCAAUCAGAAGGUCAUAAACAAUACUGUUUUUUAGGGGCACUAAAAUGAUACCAAGGGCUUAACAGAGGACUAUAAUAAAUGUCACUGUAUAACAUUUUACUUUCCAUCUAUUUGUCAAUUCAUACAGUAUGGUUUGGUACCAUAUUUUGAUUAUCUGUAAAUCUUGUACUGUUCUAGUACUUAAAGAGUAUACUUUUAAAUAUUUAGUUAAAAUAACUUAUAUGUUUUUCACAUUAAAGAGUAAGUAGGUUUCAAUUUGCAGUGCCCUCCUUCUUUAUGAUGUUUGUAAUAUGUAUGAGUGGUUCUAAUUGCCAGUACCUUUUUACUUUUCAAUAUAGUCAACAUUGAGUUGCUUUGACCUGAGUUCAGAAGCUGCUCUGUGGUUCUAGUGGCAAACCAUAGACAUAUGUAGCACAGGCUAGAUUGUCAAAAGUGUUUUAUAGUUGUAAGUGUGCCAUUUGGUGCACACCUAUUGUGUAUUGUCAGCAAUACAAAAGGAAACUACAAUAGUGUUCUACAAUAGCUGUUCACUAGAUGGUGCUUACUAUUGUAAAGACACACCCAGUACCGGACAUAAGUCCAAGGCCAUCAUGAAAAUAUCCCUUAACUGCCUAGAUCGAGAAGAAAUCAAAAGGUUUCUGAUUGUAAAACAUACAUUCCAAAUAUCUAUAUUAAUCCAUUUUAAACUAAGUUAUUGGCAAGAAAUUCCAUUUAGACCUGAAACAGCAACUCAAGUUGUGUAGUUGUAAACUAUUUUUUGAGCUUGUCAAAUAAUAAUUUUGUGAUACCUACAUCUAAUGGAAUAAUUCCACCUGUGCAAUUAUUUCUGGACAGGCACAAUUUUUUUUUUCAGACCUUUUGAAGCAAUUGGUAAUAGAUAUUCUUCUAUUAACACAAUCGUGCUUCCAGAAGGCUUCUGCCUUAACCUUGCAAGAGGGGUCAAAUGUUCCCCAUAACUCUGAAAUCUCUGUCGCACGGCACCCCUAGAAAUGUUCAUUUCUUCUUUGUGAAGAGCUGUUAUUUGAGCUCACUACUGUAUUCAGUUUUCCUUUUGUUGUAGUAGGAUUCUUUUUAAAGUUCAAUAUGUGCAAUCUCAAAUACUUCAUACAUAGGAAAAUAAAGAAUCCAUUAGGUUUAGGAAUAACUAAAUUAUGAAUAAAAUGGUUUGCUAGUACACCACUUGAUUUUCCAGUUUCAUGACUAAAGGAAUCCCUUGCCAAUUCUUUUUGAAUGAUAAAAAUGCAGAAAUCUAAAUUACUACAUAUUUGGUAAUGUCUACAGUGUUUUAAAAACAGAAACCUUUGUAAUUUUUUUUUUUUUACAAUCUAUGCAGUUGAGGAACUUCUUGGUGGUGAGCUGUGACGCUUGACUGGUACUGUGUGUCUUUGACUAAACAUAAUAUUUGAGCAAUUGUAAUAGGAACCACUCAGAAUUAUUGCACAUAUCUUAUAAAAGGUAGAGGACACAAUAUCUGUACAAUUUGAAGCUUUACAUUCUGUUCUCUAAUCUUGGAAAAAUAACAACUUCUGUUUCAGCUAACACAUUUCAGUCAGCAGCCCCCCUCCUCAACUCUUGAACUAGAUCUAGGUCAUCAGACCAAUCAUUAAUAAGUUGCUACUUCAAGUGCAUAGUCUAUAGGAAAAUGAUGAUUAGCAAAAAUAACUUUGCAUGGAUAAGAUGUUGCAAAUACAUUUGUAAUAUUGGUAUGCCAGCAGAUAUGCAGGAGAGCUUAGUUAAGAUAACAUGUGUGGGCAUGCACUUAUAAAAGUGUGCAGCCAUCUACAAUGGUAUAAACAUAGGGAAGUGUAGUCAGCAUAGUGAAACAAACACACAUGAUGAACAAUUAUAAUUGCAUAAUACAAUACAAGCAAGGGAUACUGUAAAAUAUCCAUGGACAUAUAUAAUGGAUUUAUAGGGACAUUUAUGGCCUUUCUUUUUUUCUUACACCACAAGGUUUCAUUUCUGUUAAAACUAAAAAGCUUGUUGUUGCAAUUCAAAUUCAAACUCCUUGGCUGAAGUGGCAAAAAAGAAGAAUUAACCUAUUUGCUUACACUGGUCGAUGGUUGUGGAUCAAUGAGGAAAAACAAAACAAAACAAAAAAACACAGACACGUUAUUUAUUACAGACAAAAUGCAAGUCACAAGUGUAAAUAUCAUUAAGAAUCAAACAAAAGACAAUGGUAUAUUCUGAAGAAACGUCGUGGUGCAUGCCCUUAAGGAUGACUUCUUAGAGCUUAAGGGGUAAGGAAUGGAGCUCUGGGAAGGAUAUAAGACUGUUUCCCAGAGCACGUAAAGAAUUAGAGGAAAUGGGCUGACUAUGAUUUUACCAGGAGUGGUACAGGACUUCCCUGCUCUUGUAUUGUUAUGACUGGGCUGCUGCUGUUUUUGCUUGUAUUCCCUCCCAGCGAGGGUAUGUUUUAUGUGCAAAGGACGUGAAUAAAAAGGAUGCUAGUGUCUUCAAAACUGUAUUGUGUAAAUUAUUGUAUGCUGAGUAAGUUUUAAAAAAAACUUUUUUUUUUUUUUUUUUUUUUUUUUUUUUUAACUGUCCUUAAACAAAGGUCGGAAAAUCUGAGUGCUCAUCCCCUCUCUGCCACAUGACAAGAGAAAAUCUAAAGACAGUCACAGUUUUUGAAAGGAAAUAAUCAUUUUACCAGGAGUGGGCAAGCCAGUUUAGAUAUUGUACUAUAAGACCUGCCCUCAACUAAACCUUCAAACACUAAACCUUGCCAACAUACAGACUCAGUACCACAGAUCUUCACUUUGACUUCAUUUUUUGUUUUAUUUAUGUACAAAAUCUAUAUAUCUAUAUGUGUACAAAAUCUAAAGUCAAGUCUCAGUAGAUAAGCAGAGUUGGGUAUGGUAUGUUCCUAAAUGUGGAACCUUCAUUCUGGGUCAUAGCUCAAUCAAUCCCCUGGCAUGGAACGAGAUACAACUAAAAGUCUACCAUGUGGACAUUAAAGGAAUUAUUCCUAGUAAAUGAGAAAUGAAUACCAAAAAAUCGAUUCCGCUCAAAAAGUCAAACAUAUUAAUAUCUGUUUCAGUAUUUCUACACAUAAAUUGUCAUCUAAUUAGUGCCUAAUCAAUAACAGUAUAUAUUUAAAAAUUACUGUACUACUUGAUUACUGCCUCCAAAAAAAUAAUAGUAAUAUAUUACUGAUUACUUCCAUAGGUGUUAUGGAUAUAGGUUAUAUUUUGCAGUGAUGCAAUGCUAUGCAAUA